AUGCGCUCAUUAUGGAUUACGGCGCUAUGGGGAUUGCAAACAACUUGCGCGUACUCGACAAAUUUCCCUCUUGUCCAUCGAGAUAACCCCUCUGUUCUUCAUGCAUCAUUGGAGCAACAGCGCGAGACAUCGGAUCUUCAGAAAAGGGACGGCCCUGUACAAGCGCCUCUUGCAUGGUACAGGGGGGUGGUAAUUAACAUUACAAUGGGCACCCCUCCUCAACUAAUGUCGUUACCCGUUGAUAUUGCGGACCAUCAUUUCUCACUUGUUAAUUGGUACAAUCCACAAGUAUCAACUACUUAUCAGGGAGACUAUUGGUACCAGAGCGCAAAUGAUACAAUGGGAAUCGGGUCUACACAGAUAAAAGAAUUCAAUUUCGACUCAUAUUAUCCUGAGGCAGUUAUUGGGAUAGGACCUGGGAAUCAUUCUCUUCCUUACUCGUUGGUUGAUUAUGGAGUCAUUAAGUCACCAUCGUUCAGCAUUUGGUGCGACGAUCUUCAGACUGGGGAAGGCAGCAUUUUGUUCGGGGGUGUUAAUUCCGCGAAAUAUCAUGGUCCCCUUCAGGCAUUCUCCUUUGAUCCCGCAUCAAGUCUAUCUAUCCCUCUGAAGGAAAUUACCAUUCAACUCGGUGCCAAUGGCAGUGCCGUACCGGGGAACUCCUCAACGUCAAAAACAUUUUCUAUGCCGGACAAGCCGUUGCGGCUUCAAACAUUCACGGAGUACCGUGAAGCCAUGGGGUUUUCAUUCUUGCCUGCGGACAUUGCAAACCAAACGUAUUCCUAUUUUAAUAUUUCAGGCCCAGAUUCAGAUCCCAUGCAACAGAAUUAUCUGGGAUCCCUCCCCUGCAAUCGCACAGAUACUGAAAACUAUACAGUGUCUUUAACAUUCGGAAACAUUACCGUCUCCUAUCCCUGGGAGGAACUCAUCAUACCUAUCCGCCGUGUAUUUGAUUCUGGUGCCGUUGAGGACGUUUGCUACUUUGCUAUCGGGAGGGGUAAGGAGACUUCAGAUUAUGACUACGGUUAUUAUAUCCCUGGCGGCCCUGGAGCCGUUCUUGAUUAUGCCGGAAUACUUGGAACGGUAUUGAUGAGCCGCCUUUACAUAGCGGUGGACUAUGACAAUAACCUAAUUGGAGUGGCUCCCUUGAACGAAAACCCAGGCCCUGACAACAUUUUGGAAAUCGGUACCGGCACAGAGCUGCCAGACGCUGUGGGCGAUUUCCCAGCUACUAACACGCCGUAUAUUGCUCCGUCAGUUAACAGUUCUACAUCGAGUGGCCUGGCAGCAUUGCGGACAGCGCCGCCAUCUGCCCAGAAACACGUGGUUGCUGCUUUGGGGGCAGCAGCCUUGUUUGCUGGCUUGUAA